AUGUGCAAGUUUCUAAGUGGUCCCGAUUACCUCGACGCCCCUUUCGUGGACAAGGUCCAGGAGGUCACCGCGUCAGGCAUACUCAUGGUCAGCGCCAUCGGCAACGACGGGCCCCUGUGGGGCACCCUGAACAACCCCGCGGACAACGCUGACGUCAUCGGGGUGGGGGGCAUCGACAACGGCGGCGACAUCGCAGAGUUUUCAUCGCGCGGCAUGACCACGCACGAGCUGCCGGUCGGCACGGGCCGUGUCAAGCCGGACAUCAUGGCGUAUGCCAAGGACGUGCACGGCUCAAAGAUACAGUUUGCAGGGGCCCGCGCCGGGCUGGGGCCCGGCAGGGCCACUGUGGUGCUGCGGCCCGGCGGCUGCCGCACCCUCAGCGGGACAAGCGUCGCCUCCCCCGUCGUCGCCGGCUGCGUCGCCCUCCUCGCCUCCACCGUCCCCGCAGCCACCCGCUGGACCACCCUCAACCCGGCAAGCAUGAAGCAGGCCCUAAUCGAGGGCGCCGACCGCCUGCCGAACCUCAACAUAAUGGAGCAGGGCAACGGCCGCAUAAACCUCGCGAAGGCCGAGGCAGUCCUGGCGGACUACACGCCGCGCGCCAGCCUGUCGCCGACGACGCUGGACUUCACGGACUGCCCGUACAUGUGGCCCUACUGCCGGCAGCCGGUCUACGCGUUCGGACUGCCGCUCGCGUUCAACGCGACAGUCCUGAAUGGCAUGGGCGCCACCGGGAGGUUCCUAGGGGAGCCCGAGUUCCAGCCGGGGGAUGAGGGGGGGCGGCAGCUUCUUGUCAGCUUCACGAAGAGCGACGUGCUGUGGCCGUGGUCGGGGUUCCUGGGGGUGUACAUCGAGUGA